CUGCCGCCAUCGACCUCGAGCCCAGCUCGGCGCUUGAAAGCCCAGCCGGAGUCCCGAGGCCUGGCCUUUGCCGUCGGCGCCCCCGUCGCCCACCAUGCCGCUGGAGAACCUGGAGGAGGAGGGUCUGCCCAAGAACCCGGACCUGCGGAUCGCGCAGCUGCGCUUUCUGCUCAGCCUGCCCGAGCACCGUGGGGACGCGGCGGUGCGCGACGAGCUGAUGGCGGCCAUCCGCGAGAACAAUAUGGCACCGUACUAUGAAACGCUCUGUAAGCCCCUGGACUGGCAGAUGGAUGUGGACCUGUUGAAUAAGAUGAAAAAGGCCAACGAGGAAGAGCUGAAGCGCUUGGAUGUGGAAUUGGAAGACGCCGAGAAGAAUCUGGGAGAAAGUGAAAUUCGGGAUGCGAUGAUGGCUAAGGCUGAGUACCUGUGCCGGAUUGGGGAUAAGGAAGGAGCCUUGACAGCCUUUCGUAAAACAUACGACAAAACUGUGGCCCUGGGGCACCGAUUAGAUAUUGUGUUCUACCUCCUAAGAAUUGGCUUAUUUUAUAUGGAUAACGAUCUCAUCACACGAAACACAGAGAAAGCUAAAAGUUUAAUAGAAGAAGGAGGAGACUGGGACAGGAGAAACCGUCUAAAAGUGUAUCAAGGUCUUUAUUGUGUGGCUAUUCGAGAUUUCAAGCAGGCAGCUGAACUCUUUCUUGACACUGUUUCAACAUUUACAUCCUAUGAACUUAUGGAUUACAAAACUUUCGUAACAUACACUGUCUAUGUCAGUAUGAUUGCGUUAGAAAGACCUGAUCUCAGAGAAAAGGUCAUUAAAGGAGCAGAGAUUCUGGAGGUUUUGCAUAGUCUCCCAACAGUUCGGCAGUACCUCUUUUCACUAUAUGAAUGUCGCUAUUCGGCCUUUUUUCAAUCAUUAGCCAUUGUUGAACAAGAGAUGAAAAAGGACUGGUUAUUUGCUCCUCAUUACCGAUACUAUGUCAGAGAAAUGAGAAUUCAUGCAUACAGUCAGCUCCUGGAAUCAUAUAGGUCAUUAACACUUGGAUACAUGGCUGAAGCUUUUGGAGUUGGUGUCGAAUUCAUUGAUCAGGAACUGUCAAGAUUUAUUGCAGCUGGGAGACUACACUGCAAAAUAGAUAAAGUGAAUGAAAUAGUAGAAACCAACAGACCCGAUAGCAAGAACUGGCAGUACCAAGAAACUAUCAAGAAAGGAGAUCUGCUGCUAAAUAGAGUUCAAAAACUUUCCAGAGUAAUCAAUAUGUAAUACUUAAAGUCCAUAAGGGAGUGUGUAAUCUUGUAGCUUUUUUUUUUUAAACCAUCUGGAGGUCGUCUAUUUGUCCUACCUAGCUUAGAAUGCUUAUGAGGAUUUCCUCCAGUGAUAAAUAUAUUCUUGGGAUUUUUACAGUUCACUUCAUUAUGUGGGGAGUUCAGAUACUAAAUGCUUCAUCCUUGAUUUCAUAGUUGCUUUUUUGUUGAAUGUGUAACUUGAGAAAAAUCAUGCAUUUUAAAAGAUCUAUGUUGUCUUUACUUCAGUGUGCUCCAGUGUGUUUAGAAAAUCUGAAAGUUGGUAGGUAUUUAAACUAAUAAAAAUUUUCGAUAGAAAAGUACUUAAGACUUUAGCGUAUAACAAAAAUGCCAAAAUUUCACAAAUCCCAGUCCAUAGGGCGAAAUAAAACAUGAAACUGAAACAGUGGCUGAAGAUGACAUUGCAGUUAGUAUGUAUACUAUUGCCUACUUGAGAUUCAUUUUCCUUCUUGCAUUUUGGGGGUGUAGUCUGGCUAUGAAAAUUGGGUAGGUAUAAUAGUUAUAGUGAUCUGCCUUCACUCCCUGGCUCCUUGGCUUCAUAGUCACAGGGGGUAUUGUUACAUAGAAUGGAGAGUUUAGGUCCUCUGGAGCCUAGCAAUGCAAUUUUUGUAAAAGUCACAAAAAGAACCACACUCAAUGUAACUUGCCCCUGAUACAUUACCAUGAAGGCUACAGAAACUGUUUCCUUUAAAAAACAAACUGCAGAGUGUUCCAUUAUCUCCGUUACUUUAGAAAGAAAUAUUUAUUCGGGAUGGAUUUAUUAUUGAUGAAGUACAUGAUUUUUCUCUUCAAUAGUUUUCCAGCCUGCUGCCAUUUUGUGCAUUGGUAAUUGACCCAAGUGAAGGGUUAUCAUUAUCUGCUGCUUGUUUGAUAUUUCAGUUUUGUUUUGUCCUUAGGUGAGGGGUACUGUUAAAUUAAUUCUGGGCCCAAAAGGUUUAUUUUACCUAUAAUUUCGUUAUUCACAAAUAGAAUGAUGUUAAAAGCGUUUGUCAGAGAAUGAAAAUAAUUAGUCUGUCUCAUAAAGCUCCUGUCAUAUUUUGUGAGUGCUGUAUGAGAUGGAACAGAGGUUGAGUACCUAUGCUCCUUCGAGUGUAUUUGAAGUUAGUUUUAAAAUUAUUUGUGUAUGAAAUUCCUAUUGUUCAGUUUUGUGAGGCUUGAAUAUUUUACUAAAAGAGGCUUUUGUGGCAGAACAUGGUAAUAUUCGCUAAGGUUUCAUAAGAUUUCCUUUAUGAUCAAAGUUUUGAUUUUGCUAAUGACUGAAAUUUUAUUCAGAAACUUUUUUUAUUUGAUCUUGAAAGCCCUUUGGGGACAGUGGCCCUACCAUGGACACUACAAUUCUCUCAACAGCUCCUUGUGUCCGGAAAGCGUGUCUAACUACUCUGUUUUAUUGUACCUCUCUCAAGCGCGUUGUGCAGUGCUCGGCACAAAGUAAGCGCUCAAUAAAUGCGAUUGAUUGA